AUGGCCGAGCCAGCGGUCGUCAUGCCCCAGCCGCGGCUCAUCGAUUUUCCCGAGCCGGCCGAGGAUUACGUGCGCAACUUUCUCUUGCGCCAUGGCUUGACCACCACUCUGGCGACCUUUCAACAAGAGUGGUAUACCAAGGUCUUACAGGGCGAACUACCGGAGCGCACGGACGAACCAGCGCCUGACCUCUAUCGGGAGCUGGAUCACCUCCGUCAGCAGGUUCAAAACUUUCAACAGCAAUCGGUUCAUCAAACAAACAAACAGACAUCUUCGCAGAACAAGGUGGAAAAACUGCAGAAAGAACGAGACUACCAUCGUCUCAACCACCGCCGCAUCUUGCAGGAGAAGACGAAAUUUGUGAAUGAAAUUAAGAGCUUGAAAGACCUGUCUUCACGCCUAGAGGAGGAGUUGGUGGCUUUAAGGGCCAAGCACGAUGCCCUCCUACGCGAAAAGGCCCUCAUCCGUCUGGACCGAGACCGAACCAAAACGCAAAUGAAUAGCAUCCAGGCCACGCUCCGACAGACACAACUUGAGACAAAUGGGUCCUCAGCAACGAUGAUGCAACCUGCUCCUCCCAGCACGGAAACCGAGCGAGGCAAGGCCCUACGUCAACAUCGAAACCCCGUCUUUGAAUCAGCCCCGCGCUUGGAAGAGACCACACGCAUGCGAGCUUUUAACGUCAAUCCCGACGACCUGUUACCGCCGCCCGAGGCCAAGCCCAUGACCGGCGCUCGAGCCCAGGCUCUCAGUGUUGUCAACACGGUUCAUGCCCACACGUCCUCCAUCACUGCCCUAGCCCUUCAUCCCAAUGGAGAGACGUUUGCCACUGUGAGCGAUGACGGUCAUCUCAAGCUCUGGGCACUGCCAACAGCACAACCCGUUUUUGAUGUGUUGGCCCACACUGAAUGGAUUGCCGACGUUCGUUUUAGCCCCACUGGUACGGUCCUAGCCACAGCCAGUGGUGACGGCUCAGUGCGCCUCUGGGAUUCUCACACGGGUGAGCGUAUCCUGGCGCUCAAUGAGCACGGCCACGCUGUCUGGUCUGUCGACUUUCACGCGUCGGGUGAUUUCCUGGCCUCGGCUUCACUCGAUCAAACCAUCAAGGUCUGGGAUCUCAACACGAAUCGAUGCCGCCACACCCUGCGUCAGCACACCGACUCUGUCAACUGUGUUCGCUUCCAGCCUUUCUCGCAUCAACUUCUCUCGGGUUCGGCCGAUGGCACUGUCGUCCUAUGGGAUGCGCGUAGCGGCUUGCCCGUUCAAACCCUCAAGGGCCAUACCAACGCGGUCAAUAACCUCUGCUUUGGCCGAGCUGGUGAUGUCGCAGCAAGCGUCGAUGCCGAUGGCAAUGUCAUUUUGUGGGAGAUGCGAACAGGUCGCAGCAUGCUGACCGUGGCUUGUGGUCCCCACUCCGCCUACGUUGUCGCUCUUGAUCCGUGCGGUACCUCCAUUGCCGUGGGCUCUGCCGAUGCCUCGAUUCGCAUUGUAGAUAUUCAAUCGGCCUCCAUCGCCGCUGAAUGCGCGUAUGGUCGUGAGAGCAAGCGAAGCGAGCAUUUUCAAAAGAAGAGUCUAGAUGCCCGAUUUUUGCGCCGGGCCCCUCGACAUUUUUUUGGAUAA